AUGGCCCGAACGAAGCAGACGGCGCGCAAGUCAACUGGUGGUAAGGCACCUCGCAAGCAAUUAGCAACGAAAGCGGCAAGGAAGUCUGCUCCCGCCACGGGCGGCGUGAAGAAGCCACAUCGUUAUCGUCCUGGAACUGUUGCGCUUAGAGAGAUUCGACGUUAUCAGAAGUCGACUGAACUUUUGAUUCGUAAAUUGCCUUUCCAACGUUUGGUACGUGAGAUAGCGCAAGAUUUCAAAACUGAUUUACGCUUCCAGUCUUCGGCAGUGCUUGCGUUGCAGGAAGCGAGCGAAGCGUAUUUGGUUGGACUUUUUGAAGAUACGAAUUUAUGCGCUAUCCAUGCGAAACGUGUAACCAUUAUGCCGAAGGACAUACAGCUGGCGCGUCGCAUACGUGGGGAAAGGGCGUAA